UUUGUGAGUGCUGGAGGGGUUGGAGGGCUUUUUAUUGACAUGAUCAAGAUGUUCACAUGGUGGCUGGGUUACUGAUUACAGAUAAUUACCUAUAAUAAGACUUGAAGCACAAAGUCCUGCCAGGUAGAGCCAGCCUUCAGCUAUUUUAUCACAUCCUUCCCAUCCCUCAUAGGACCACUGGAGCCUCUUAGGUCCCUUACCAGCAGCAUCAUGAGUGUAGAGUCCAAAAAACCACGUGCAGGUUGCUGCUCCAACUUCAAGCUCUUCCUGUUCUCUAUGGCAUUUGUAUUCUUUUCCAAAGCCUUUGGUGGAGCCUAUAUGAAGAGCUCCAUCACCCAGAUUGAGAGGCGCUUUGAUAUCCCCAGCACCCUCAUAGGGGUUAUAGAUGGCAGCUUCGAAAUGGGUAACCUGUUGGUAGUAGCCUUUGUUAGCUACUUUGGUGCUAAGCUCCAUCGUCCCAGGCUGAUUGGAAUUGGCUGUGUGAUCAUGGCUGCUGGAUCUUUCCUCAUAGCCCUGCCUCACUUCUUCCAGGGACUGUAUAAAUAUGAGACCAGUGUGUCUCACAGUACAGAUACCAACAGCACUGCGAGCAUCCUGCCCUGCAUGUCAAACCACAGCCUGGCUGUUGCAGAUGAAAUGCCGGAUUUAGCGGCCAGAACAGCUUGUGAAAAGGCAGCUGGCUCAUCCCUGUGGAUCUAUGUAUUCCUGGGAAACAUGCUGCGUGGAAUUGGAGAGACUCCCAUCAUGCCUCUGGGUGUGUCUUACCUGGAUGACUUUGCCAAGGAAGAAAACACUCCUUUCUAUUUAGCCUGCAUCCAUACAGUGGGAAUCUUAGGACCGAUGUUUGGGUUCAUGCUCGGGUCCCUCCUUGCCAAGAUCUACGUAGACAUUGGAUUUGUGGAUUUAGACAGUGUCACCAUUAACCAUAAGGACUCCCGCUGGGUGGGGGCCUGGUGGCUAGGCUUCAUUGUGACUGGCACCAUCAUCCUUCUGUCCAGUAUCCCAUUCUGGUUCCUGCCCAAAUCUUUGCCCAAAGAGGGCCAAGAGCAGAGCCAGAGUAAAAGCACAGAGCUCACCACAAUGGCAGAGCAGGAGAAUUUCCUGCCUGACGAAAACCAGGAUCAUGAGGAGAAGAAGACAGUCACGUUCCAGGAGCUGGCUAAAGAUUUCAUUCCAUCUCUGAAGAGACUCUUCAAGAACAACGUCUUCACGCUGAUGGUCCUUACACACCUGGUGGCUGUCAACGGCUUUAUUGGCAUGAUCACUUUCAAGCCUAAAUUCAUGGAGCAAAUCUACGGCCAAUCAGCCUCCAAGGCCAUUUUCAUCAUAGGUGUAAUGAACCUGCCAGCAGUAGCUUUGGGCAUCAUCACCGGAGGUUUUGUACUGAAGCGUUUCAAGCUGGGUGUCAUCGGAGCAGCCAGGGUGUCAAUCACUGCCUCCAUCGGGGCCUUAUGUCUGCUUUUCGUUCAGAUCUUCCUCCACUGUGACACAGCAGAGGUGGCAGGUCUGACUGUCUCAUAUCAGGGGGUUCCUCAAGUGUCCUACAACCAACAGACCUUGCUGUCACAGUGCAACAUGGGCUGCUCCUGCUCAAUGAAGCAUUGGGACCCAGUAUGCGCCCAAAACGGAGUAACAUAUGCCUCACCUUGCUUGGCUGGCUGCCAGACCUCCACCGGCACUGGCAGAGAAAUGACGUUUCAUAAUUGCACCUGUGCUGGGGAGAUGAUGACUCCGGGCAUGAACAUGUCUGCAGUGCUGGGCCAGUGCCCCAGGAGGAGUGACUGCGAUUACAUGUUCAAAAUCUACAUGACUUUUUCUGUUGUGGGAUCUUUUAUUUCUGCCUGUGGGGGAACGCCGGGAUACAUUGUAUUGCUCAGGUCCAUACAGCCAGACCUGAAGUCACUGGCUUUGGGUAUGCAGACACUGAUAGUAAGAACCUUGGGUGGAAUACCUCCUCCUAUAUAUUUUGGAGCACUGAUUGACCAAACCUGUUUAAAGUGGGGUACCAAGCAUUGUGGAGGACGUGGAGCAUGUAGACUCUAUGAUGCUGCUAAAUUUAGGAUGACAUUCUUGGGAUUGAUCACUGGACUCUACUGCCUUUCUAACAUGCUCUGGGGAUGCGUCUACCGCACAGUUGUCAAGAGACAGAAGAAGUUAACAUUGAGGAAUCAGGCUAAAGAAAACGGACUAGAAGGUAACACGGUGGAUAAUGGACACGCCAACAUCAGCAUUGGCAAAAACAAAGAAGACGCAGACAAUGAGAGCACUAUUUAAGGAGUUUGGGGAAGGACACACCAUUGCGUUAUGCAGGUGAACAACGCAGAUUUUCCAUUGCCGAAGUACUGUGCUGCAUCCAUAGUGGACCAAAUGUGGUAAUGGUACAGUGUCAGCACUCUAUUGUCUUCGAGCAGUACACCUCCUUUAUUUUUACAAAGAUAUCAUGCUGAAAAUAUCAACUGCUGUUUGUUUACUUUGAAGGUCAAAGCUUAGUUUUACUAUGAACACCAAUUAAAUGAAUGAAAACUUAGAGGUCAUUUUUAGCUCUACUUCAGUCAAGAAAAUAUAGUGGGCGCUGUUCACUCAUGAUGAUGUUCAACUAUGAAACAUUUCAGUAUGAUGUCAAAGAAAGUAAGAUCAAAAAAAGAAGUCAAAUAUUUGGAGGACAACCUUACCUUUUUUGGCAGUUUGCUGCCCCAAACACACCUAAUUGCACUGAGGCUAAACAUGAGCAAGUUAAAAAGUUAUAUGCGCUUCUUUGCUUACUUUUCCAAAGUUAGAUGAACAGACCAAUAUCACUCUCAAGUCUGUUAGGUAAAAGUGUGAAGGUUGCACCAGCAGCGUGUUAGCCGUGUCCAAAGGUAACAGAUUCAGCCUACUAACACACCCUGUUCGCAUUCUGUGUGCUAAGUUAAACUAAGCUACCUGGCUGUCAUCAAAUUUGAACAGCAUGCAUGAGAGUGAUCAAUCAUUUCAUCUAACUAUAAAUUUUGUUUCUUGAGAAACUAAAGAACGUUCAGUCAGGCUUUUAGUCAUGCAAAAAAAA